AUGAAAUAAAAAAUUGAUCGUUCACGUAUUCCCAACUCAUCCCAAGACAUCCUCAUAGUCCCUGUCUACGCUGACAAAUUGGGUUUCUCCUUGCCUGCCAAACUCCCUUAUCUGCCAGUCUCAGAAGAUUCCAUUGCUGAAACAGUGUUCUAAGCCAAUCGCAUUUGUUAAAAAAUCAGAUGUGAAAAAAGUAGAAUCGAAGAGAGUGACCCUCUCGAAACUGAGAAGUUUUAUGUCACCUCCUCCUGGGUCCUAUUCAUCGUCGGAGUCAUCCUAUUUGUAUUGGGCUUCUCCUAUGAGGAUUUGAAAUCAACCUUGACCUUACUGGGCACCAUCUUCAUUGUGUUACCUACACUCAUUUCCAUCAUUGUAGUUAUCAUUAGCAUCACCAAAUCCCCCAAAUUGAUUGACCUUGAAUAGGAAUGCACCAAGAAAUUGGGAGAGUUCUUUGAAGUCCAGAAUCAACAAUACAGAAAAAAGGGAUUGCAAUGGUCUAUUGGAGAUGAAAUGUUGUGGAUUUAGUUGGAAAAAAUAUGA